CAGGAAACUUCACAGUCAGCUCAGGCAGUCCAGGUGGAGGAACACGGCUGUUUUAAGGAUUAUUAAAAUGACGGAAUGCGGAUCGGGGGCACACACCGGGGGCCUCUGAGACUCCAACACACACUUCUUUCUUCAUUCCCUUCAGAAUGAGCUGCUGUGAUUAAGGAGGCAUUUUAACUUCUUUUCUUUGUCUUUUUUCUUUUCUAUUUUUUUUUAUCAUGGAUAUCCAGAAAACUUUUGCUGCGUGUUGGGAGCGCUUUAUGGCGUGUUUUAAGAAGCCAAAUACUGACUCCGGGGGUGAGAAUGAAAACAAACCCCCCACGGUGAUAGUGAAUCGUAAUGUAACAGAUGUCAGCGGGGGGGCGGACGUCCACGCGCGCCGGUCGCUCCCGCCGCUCCCCCCGGAGAACCGGACCAACGUGUACGUGGCCCUGUACGACUACUCCGCCCGGACCGAGGAGGACCUGAGCUUCAACACCGGGGACCGGCUGGAGGCUCUGGAUAAGAGCGCCGGGGACUGGUGGUUCGCCCGGGCCCUCAGCGGGGUCUCGGCCGCCAAACAGGGCUACAUCCCCGCCAACUAUGUGGCCCUGGAGAGUAUCGAUGCAGAACCAUGGUAUUUUCCUGAAACCAAGAGGCAAGAUGCGGAGAAGAUGCUUCUGGCCGAGGGGAACCACCAGGGUGCUUUUCUCAUCAGGAACUGUGAAAGUCAGAGAGGGGAGCUGUCUCUGUCAGUGUUGGACAGUGGGCGGGUGAAGCAUUACAAGCUGAGGAAGCUGGAUAACGGUCACUAUUACGUAUCAAGGACCAAAUCCUUUGAAACACUGAGGGAGUUGGUGGAAUAUUACUCCAAACAGGCAGAUGGCCUCUGUGUUCAACUGGGUGAACCAUGUAAAAAGAUGGAGGCUCCGCAGACAUACGGCCUGUCCUACAACACCGUGGACCAGUGGGAGAUUGACCGCAAAUCCAUCAAGCUGAUAAGGAAGUUGGGCGCCGGUCAGUUCGGAGAAGUCUUCGAAGGCCUGUGGAAUGACACAACAGCAGUGGCAGUGAAGACCCUCAAACCCGGCACCAUGGACCCUGAGGACUUCCUUCGAGAGGCUCAGAUCAUGAAGAGACUGCGUCACGCCAAGCUGAUCCAGCUGUACGCCGUGUGCACCAUGGAGGAGCCCAUCUACAUCAUCACAGAGCUGAUGACACACGGCAGCCUGCUGGACUACCUGCAGAAGGAUAAGGGCACCACCAUCCGGAUCUCUGACCAGAUUGAGAUGGCGGCCCAGGUGGCAUCAGGUAUGGCCUACCUGGAGCUGCAGAACUACAUCCACAGAGACCUGGCAGCCCGGAACGUUCUGGUGGGCGAGAACAACGUCUGCAAAGUGGCCGACUUUGGCUUGGCCAGAGUCUUCAUGAAAGAGAAUGAAAUGGUGUACGAAGCCAAAGAAGGCACCAAGUUUCCUGUGAAGUGGACGGCUCCUGAGGCCAUCCACGACAACAAGUUCACCAUCAAAUCUGACAUCUGGUCCUUUGGGAUUUUACUCUAUGAGAUCAUGACGUUUGGGCAGAUGCCUUACCCAGCCAUGACCAACUACCAGGUGGUCCAGAAGGUUCCCCAGGGCUACAGGAUGCCGUGCCCCCCAAACUGCCCCAAAAUCCUCUAUGACAUUAUGACGGACUGCUGGAAACAGAAUGAACUGGAUCGGCCCACGUUCGAGACGCUCCAGUGGAAGCUGGAGGACUUCUUCGACAUGGACGUGACCUCGUACGAUGACGCUGCCCGUUAUUAGACCAAACACAAAGGAGAGCGUACAGAAGGAGCCAAAAGAAUCAAAACACCGGAGUCCAAUGUAAGCGGAAAUUCCAUUCAUUGUUGUCACUUACGGGAUGAAUGCAGCAAGGACACUUUUACAGAACCAGUCCGAUGGAAGCCCUGGUGUGUCUUUGUUCAGGAAGUCGACGCUCGUGCAGACGGACUGAAACACACUUGUUUGAUCUGCCUCUGGAUGGACCGGUUCUUCUCAUACUCUGCAUAGUUUCCACAUUCUUUCCACCUGCCCAUCCGUUACCGACAGCCUUAUGACUCACAUUCCCCCAGCGCCUCAGUCUGUUCGUCACUGCUUCGUAGAGUAAACCCAGUCCAUCGUUCAUAACCAGUGGGAGCCUACAGAGGCCCUGAUCGACAACCCACUGCUCCAGUUAUUAUAAAACCUUUCAAGUCCACUUCUCUCAUCACAAAAUCCAAACUGUCUCACUUUCAUUCCUUUACACUUCAUUGUCUGCACAUUGUACUACUAAGUCAUUAGUGCACAGAUCGAUCCACUGCACUCUUGUUAAACAUUUAACAUUAGCAUUUGUUAGCAUUUUAACCAGUUAUAAGAGAUAGAAAUAAAUGAUCUGAGAUGAUUCACUUAUUUCUGUCUUGUAAGUUUGUAAAUCAUUCAGUUUAUAAUGUGAAUCUGCUUUGGCUGUAAUAUCAUGUUCUGUUAAUUUUCGGUACCUAUGAAGUAAUUCAAGAGCAUGCAGUUUUAUUUUGUAUCUAUGUUCAUGAAUGCACUUUUCUUUUUAGAGUUUUGGGCUCUUUACCCCUAAACUGACAAUACGAAAAGCUCUGUUUUCAUAAUCAGUAUGUUUUGUUCUGGUCUUACCACAGUGGGAUGUUUGACUGGAUGACUGAACGAGAUGACACCAGACUUGAUUCCUUUAUUGUUAUUGAUUCUGUUAAAUCUGUUCACAGUCUUUGUGAUCAUCCGUCAAAUCAACACUGACUAAUGAAACGUAUGGAUUAUGUCGCUGUGAUUUUCAUAUGUUUUUAGUGAAACACAAUCUUGUUAUAUUGUAACUGUGACUGUUUAUAUAAUCAAACUGUAUUUUAACAAAUUGGUCUUAUGUAAUAUAAUUAAAUGGAUUAUAUUUAGUU